GCCAAGUUGGCAAUGAAAUGUUUUUAAAGCUGCCAAAAACAGCAAAUACACUUCAGAUGUCACUCUGUUCCAACAAAGGUAUUUGCAGAUUGGUUUUGUGAAACAGUUGAAAAUAGCCUCUCUUGGGACCAGCAGACAGCUGAGAGGGGAGAAAAGAAAGAAGAAACUAAAUCAGGUGAGUCCAACCUGCUGCUGAUAUGAGAAGACUGACAUCUAGUGUCAGAAUAUUGAAACUUCUUUUAAUAGAACUGUUGUCCGAUCUGGUAGAGUCUCCUGAAUACAACCAUGGUAGAGACUUUCCUCUGCACUGUUCUGAGCCUACAUUACCUUUUGAAUGCAUCAGUGUUUGAAGGAGUAACAUGGACAUGAUAGGGCUGACCAAGGUCACACCUUUGGUUACUCUCACACGCACAACAUGAUGUGCUCAAGCUUUCAAACUGUCUGAAUUGCUCUCAGGCCAUAUCUGGAGCAAGUAUAGACAUGUUUUGUAUUGCUUAAAUCAGGUGUGUUAGCUAAUUUAACAAGCUAGGUUUUGGUGGGGACUUGCUAAGUAAUGCUAAGUAGCUCAGCUAGUUAGCUAACAGCUAGUUAACCUGAGUCACAGUUUAUUGUAAGAACAACGUUGGGAUUACUUACUUGCUAGGUAAAAGUAUUAGCUUUACUGAUACCUGGUCUGGUCUAUGUGCUCCCAUUAGUUUCCCUCCAAUGGUUAAGCUACCUUCUUUGCUAGCAGCAACUUUUAGUAACGUUGCAGUUGUAGCAACAAAACUAUGCUGUCAUAACCUUCAACAAAAAUCUAAUCAAACAACAUGUAUGUAACUUAUUCUACUGAGUAGUAUCUAUUCAGAGCAAAUCUUCAAGUGAAAAGGCUAACCUACAGUAUGUUUAGGCAAAUAUUGAAGCUUGUAGUUUACCUUUACCAAAUAAUCUGUUUAAAUAACGAUAGCGCUAAUUUAAAAUGUGCUCAUGCCACCCACUAAAGCACAGUUAUAGAUUCACAAUGGUUUAAAAACUGUAGUAUCAUCGAAGUUGUUAAUUUAAGCAGUCUUGAGUAAAUUUCACACUCACCAGUCUCAAAGAAUCAUUCAGACAAUUAAAACAAAAAAUGUCAAGUCUGAUGAUAGGAGUUGAAAUUUGAUGCACAUUAAGUUUACACACACACAUUAAGUUCAGUCUCUGUCAGGUGACCUUUUACUUUCAUUAUUCAUAGUCACAGGAUUUUUAAAGACAAAUAUUUAAUAACAAAAAUUAUUAACCAAGUAGAGUGGAGCAUGACUUGAAUGUGAAAUUAUUUGGACGCAAAAUAUCGAGAACAUUAAGUAGAAAAAUGGUGAACAAGAUCAUGUUGCUGUAGCAGGCAGAAAAAGAUUAGAAAGGCCACAUGGAGGCAGUAUGGGACACUAUCCAUCCAUUACAUGUGGGCACACACACAGGUAUGGGGAAACUACUUUAAAACUGCAGUUUACCAAACUACCAGCCACUUCACAAUGAAAAGUAGUUAAACUACAUCUUAACUACCCAAAAAAUUUAGCUUUUCAAACUAAAACCACUUUCAAAAAGUAGUUCAAGUACAUCCAAACUGAAUCACGGGAAAUUAUCACAAUCUGAGUCUGGAACCUCAAAUUGUUACAUGGAGGUACAACUGAACUGACACUGAGUAAAGUGUAGGUGUGUUUGAUUUAGGGACUAGGGCAGGCCAGUCCUCAGUUAAGCAGCCAGAGGAUGUGUUUUAAGGAGAGGAUAGGGAGCAAUUGUUGAGGUGGAAUCAGGAAAAUGCUAAAUUUCUAGGGAAAUUUAUAGUAUUCAAUCGCAGACAUCUUGGUUGCAAACCAUAGGUGAUUUUAAUCAAAAAGCAGGUGAUAGUCAUUAAAUGACAAUGGUGGCCAAUGAGCUGUGGCAUUGUGCCAUAUUGUAUUGCAAAAAACGUUAUGAGAAUACUAUGAAUAUGUAGUUUAUAUUUAACUACCUUAAGUACAUGAGCCAAAGUAGUUAACUACUGAAAAAACUAUUGAGAUUUGAAUGUAGUUAAACUACCACCCAACUAUUGCAAAUUCUAGUUGAACUACUUAAGUACAUGUAGUUAACUGCUCCUCAAUACACACAGCAAGAGAGUGACAGUGAAGAUUUUAGUGAUAUACCCAUAGCUGUCAUUUCACAAAUCAAAAUAUGGGAGCUUGAUUUGUCUAUUGUAUGUGUUUGCUUGAUUUUAACUUGCACCGCUUACUUAUACUAAAUCAAUCCAAAGUGCAAAAAAUACAAUUGUGCUGUAAGAAGAAUGAUGGAUUGCUGUCGGCACAUGAACAUCAAAACAAACAGUGCUUCCAAUCUGAAAUAUCAAAAGGAAAUAUUCUGACCCUUGCUGCCCCUUUCUCUCUUCAUCUGACUUUUUCUGUCUCACAAGUACUCACACACACACACACACACACACACACACACACACACACACACACUCACACACCUGCAAGCCUUCUGCCAAAUAACAAUGAAAGCAUUCAAUAAACAAAGAUAAGCUGUCCUUGGUUCUUACUGGCCCUUGUUAUGCAUUAUACUGUUUAAUUAAAAAGGUAACUUGAUAUUCAGUUCAAAAGAAAUGUUAUAAUUAUUUUUUGCCCUCUUGGCCAAGGCAAUUAUUUCAUUACUCAUCACUGAUUAUUAUAACCUGGUCAAAAUAAGUCUGUUACCUCUUUUUAUGUGUUAGAUAGCAAAAAUACCAUUGAUGUCAAAUGUUCCUUUCAUUCUGUGGCUCUCUAUACUUAUUGAGUGAAUUACUGAGCUUUUUCACCUUAACUCAUUCAUUUACAGGAUUUCUCAUGUAAGUAGAUAUGGGAAAAUUAAGUGGUGAUAACAUACUUUGUGGAUCAUUCAUUAGUCUUAUAUUUAGUGAACAACACAAGAAAGGUAAGUACUGCAUAAAGUGAAAUAAUCAAAUAAUAUAUAUAAAAUCAACACACAAAAUGUCUCAUUACCUCCUUAUGCCAUUCAGUAUAUUCUCAUUAUUUUCUUUAUAAAAUGUGUUUUACUGUUUUUUCUUUCUUUCAAAUGUGUAGCCAGUGAUAGCCAGUGAUAAUUGGACCCAUUACUGUAAAAUGGAGAAGAGAAGACAAAAAAACUGCUGCUUCUUUGGUCUCACCUACCCACGCCUGCUGCUGCUGCUGUCUGACCGACCUGUUGAGAGAGGCAAAGCACAUCUACCCCCCUCCCUCCUUCCUUUCUCUGGCCGAGCCAUUAGCCAUGAAUUAUGGUGCUGCUACCAUCACGGCCAAUUGUCUGGAUGAAAAGCAGACUCUGCCUCACUUACCGUUGUGUGUUAGCUUGUGCCUGAACAGCAGGUACACGAUCAUAGUUUCUGAUCAGCUCUGUGGUUUAGGUCAGAGCAGGUAAGCAGAUGACAUUUCAAUCAACAGAGAAUGUAGGUAAGUGCAGAGCUGCACGCAGUGAGGCUUUGGGGUCUACUGAAAGGGAUAUUUGAAUUCUUACAUACCAGUUGCCUCAUACUGGAAAUUGAUUUCAUGUAGUUACUCUAGAUUAUGGUUGGAGAUAUGUCUUAAGGUAGUUCAUACAAGAACCGACCAAACAAUCUGUUUGUACAUGCAGAUUAUUUUUAUCCUGUUGUUUUAUACCAUAUUUCUAAAGUCAUAUUCAGACAUAUGACUGUACUCUGUGAAAUGAUUGUUUUCCUUAUAGGGCAACUGGUGGAUUUGUGGAAAGAGAGAGAAAGACACAGAGAGAGAGAGAGAGAGAGAGGGGGAGAGAGAGAGGGAGAGAGGAGAGAGCAGGAUCUUAUACCAGGAAAACUCCUACCGCUGUAUCACUGGGAAACCUGCGAACAGAUGUGAUGGUGGAGUGAUGCAGAGCCUGGACACAGAGGCAAAUUAUCAGACACUGCACUGAACAGUACAAAGAGUCUACCACCCUGCUACUGUCAGCGAAGAGUGCAGCUCAGUGAGAGAAAGUAUGACAGCAGUUCAGAGUAGAGGCUUGUUGGUGCCCUAAAAAGAUGGUGGGACUGAGAAACCGCUCUACAUGGGAACCAUUGCUACUCAAGGCCUCCUGCAUCAAAUCCUGUGCUAAUGGCUGCUCCCUGGGCAUCACUGCACACCUUACCUAUGCCAACGCAGACAUAGAGUCUGUUGAAGGUGUGUUUGUGUACCCUCUGGGGGAGAAGGAGGUUGUGGUGGGCUUUGAGGCUGUGAUCGCGGGCCGGCUGGUGGGGGUGCAGAUCCAGAGCCGAGGGAAGCUGCAGGACUGCUGUUUGGAUUGCUGCGCGGGAUCUGGUCUUGAAGGCUACUGUGGGAAUGGCCGGGAGUGGGGCUGCUGUGGGAGCUCCAACAUGGACAUGCAAUGCACCAAUGGGCAUCUAAUCCUGGAUGAAGACCUGGAAAGAACUACCUUCAUCGUGGGCACAGGGGUCAUUGGCCCCAUGGAUAUAGUUUCUGUUAUCAUAAGCACCACACUUGAACUCCCCACGUUAGAAAACGGAGCAAUCCGCAUCGUCUACCCAACAUUGCUUACCCCGAUUGUCACAGGCCAGAUGCCAGUGAGCAGGAGUGAAAAUGGGGGGAAAUCAGAAGAGAUUGGACCAACCAGCUGUUUUGGUGCAACCUCAGGAAAACAAGACCGGGUCCUAGAUUCUGAGCAGCAGUGUGCCCAUGCCAUCUUCACCAAUCCAGCUGCCAACUUAGCACCCUAUGAACUCAACUUCCAGCUGCUGGUCAGAGGGGCCUGCCUACUGGCCGGACUGGAGAGCCCCACUCAUGCCCUGAGGGCAGAUGCAGACCCGAGCGCCCAAAGUGCCUCUGCCACCUAUAUCACCUUGGCUCAGGAGCAUCCAUAUGACAGACACAUAGAGAUCAUUCUGCACCUCAGUGAACCUCACAGCCCAUUGGUCAUUAUAGAGAGAGGCAGGCUCUCCUUCAGCCAAUAUGAACAGCUGAUCUGUUCCCGCCGUGAUUUCAUUCGCUGCACCCGCAAAGAUUCUGAACCUGAGAGGAAGCUGGAGUUUGUGAGGAAGCGGUACCACAAGGACAUUCUGAGUAGCCCCGUCUUGAUGCUGAACUUUUGUCCUGACUUGCUGUGUGAACCUCUGGAGCUGAACAAAGCCACCAGAGAGCUGCUGUUCCUUGUUGACCGUAGUGGCAGUAUGAGUGGAACCAACAUCCGUCGUGUAAAGGACGCCAUGGUGGUAGCAUUGAAGAGUCUCCCUUCUGGCACCAUGCUCAACAUUGUUGGCUUUGGCACCACCAUCAAGCCCCUGUUCACCUCCAGCAAGCUCUGCACUGAUGUCACUCUAAUGCAGGCAUAUGAGUAUGUCCAGAGGAUGAGAGCUGACAUGCGAGGCACCAACCUACUAGGAGCACUGUCCUGGGUGUACCAACAGCCUAUGCAGCGCUCAUAUCCUCGCCAGGUCUUCAUUGUCACUGACGGAUCCAUCACCAAUGUGGCUAAAGUGCUGGAGCUGGUCCGCAGAAACACAUGUGCUGGCAGAUGCUUUGGCCUGGGCCUGGGUCCCCGAGCCUGCAGGAGACUCCUGCAGGGCGUUGCCAAACUGACAGGAGGUACUACAGAGUUCUUGGAUGAUGAGGAGAGACUCCAGCCCAAGUUAAUCAAGUCCCUGAAAAAGGCCUUUGAACCUGUGCUGACUGAUGUACGGAUUGACUGGUACCUGCCCGAAAACAUGGAGGCUCUGCUUUCACCCAACGAAAUCCCUCCACUCUACCCUGGAAAUCGCCUCAUUGGAUAUUGUACUCUGUAUGAUAUGACAAAUUUCAAAGCCAAAAAGACAGAGGGACGGGGCUAUAAAGGUGUACAUCGUGGCUCCACGGGUUCAGAUUUUUGCCAGUCAAAUGAUGAGCUUUCACCACCUCCUGCCUCUGAGCUAAUGCCGGUGGUGACAUGUGCAGAUGGUGCUGACUUGGAGGAGGCACUGAGGGAGAUCUCCCGAGAAAUCUCCUCUGAGUUCUCCUGUGCCAGAGACACAGACCCUGGCACCAGCCCAGGUGUGGAGCUAGACUGGUCCAGUGAUGUGAGGAGGAGGAUCCAGGAGAGCUCUUACAUCCAGGAGCAGUACGUCCUCACUCGCUGCUCCCUCAGUUGUGAGCGGAGUCUACAAACACAGUCCCACUCGCACAUACACGCCUCGUCCAACUCUGACUCUGCAGACAGGGCCUUUCUGCCUGACCCGCACUCCUCUGGUUCAGUGCUGGAUACAGGAUCUUUACCCCAAGGCCUUGAGAAGAUGCCCCUUCCAGAACAGAGAUCAUCCCUGUCUCGCUGGGCAGACUCAGCAUGGCAGCAAAACCUCUCAGCUGAAGCCCCUGGUAAUGGGGUGAAAAAGAAUGGGCGUCUGGAUGGAGGUGAGGAGUCUCGUAGGAGACAAAAAGCGCUGGCCCGUUCAACCAUGGCAGCACGGAGUUUCUCUUCCCCCCAGGGCGAGCUGGAGAUGCAUCGCCUGAGAAGAGCUCUGGAGAGAGUCUCCUUCGACCAAGCACUGGGAGGAAGGCUGGAUGAAAGCGAUGGGGAGACGAAGCCCCCAUCAAGAGGGACCCUGUCUUGCAGAAGCCUAACCGACUCCAAUGGACUCCUGUUCCCUGCCUCUCCACUGGAUUGGGACAGCUUCACAGACCCAGAGUAUCUCUUCACUGCCAUUCCCCCUGAGAAUGCCCCACCAGCUCAGUGCCGCUCCCUCAUUCACGGCCUGCUGAGUGGCAGGCCUGUAUCCUGGGAGGUCACUGUGGACCUGGAGCACCUUUGGAUCCCUGAGGGCCAGGAGACAACAGUGGCUGAAGGAUGUGGAGGAGGGGGGGAAGUUGGAGGAGGAGGAGGGGAAUCAUGGGAGGAGAUCAUUCACCAGCUGACUGCUCGCUCAGUUAUAAGAGACUUUGAGAAAAUGGCAGAGAAGGAGACUGAUAUUGGACAUGGUUCAGCUAAGCGAUACCGUAUGAAGGCUAUCCAGACCAGCAAGCAUUGUAACAUCAUCUGUAUGUACACGGCCUUCACUACUACUGACAGCAACACCAACAAAGGCUUGCCAGAGGGCAUGGACGCCCAAAAUACAGGGAUACAUUUGGGGAACAGGCGGAGCUCCCAGUCAGGUAGCCGCAGGCAGAGGACCUAUUCUGUAGGUCUGGGCAGACGGCGCACAAGUAGAGACAGUGAAGAGAUGGAGGACACCUGGAACUCUACAGACAGAGAUGACACUCCUGCCUCACCCUGUAGCCUUACAUCCUGGGACUCUAGUAUGGGGGGCAGCACUUACUCUGCUACAGUUCCAGCAAUAACAGGCCCCGCAUGCACUAGAUCACAGCGAUCUAUAGAGAGCAAGUCGAUGGAGAGCUUCUUUGGCACCAGGUUCCCACUUGGCAGACUCAGGUCCUCUAUUUCAUCCGGAAAGCAGGUUCCUCUCAAGUCCCACUGUCUGUCUGCAGAGACUGAGAAACAACCUGAAACUGAAGCUCUAGACUACCUACCCCUGGUGCGCCUGCAGCUGGCGUCAGGAGCUUUUCUUCUGACAGAGAUCUACUCCGACUGUGUCCAGAUCUCCUUGGACCGCCUGAAGAGGGCUUCACCCUACAGCCUCCACCGCCGCAGCCUCAGUCCACCCUUCCGCUGCACAUCUCCCAGCGCUCCAACUUUAUCCUCCUCUGCCAAACCUCCCACUAUUCACCAUGUUACCUUUUCUCCUUCUUCCUGCUCUCUCGCCAAACCAACUGCACCUCCUUUUCACCACACUCCAGAUGACACUCCCUUGAUGCUGGAACCUAGGCUUCGCCGAAGGCACCUCUCUGACCGAGACCCCGUCACCUCACCCCCUGAUCUCCCCAGCUCCGAGGAAGGUUCCCUGGAGCUAUCUGUUGGCCACUCUCAGAGCCAGAGCCACGGCCAGGCUGAUAGCGGUCGCGGAUCAGAGACAGAUGUAUGUGAAAGCUCUUUGGCAGAGCCUGCUGACCUGCAGGGGAGCAGCCAGUUGGCUCAAGAGGACCUGGAGGGCUCAAGCUGGGCCACAGCUGUGGCUCUAGCCUGGCUCGAGCACCGUUGUGCUGGAUACUUCAUGGAGUGGGAGCUGGUGGCAGCAAAAGCAGACUUCUGGCUGCGCUGUCAGGAGCUGCCCGAGGGAGUGGACCUAGCAGGGCUGAAGGGAGCUGCCAGACAGCUGUUCCUGCUGCUGCGCCACUGGGAUGAGAACAUCAAACUAAACAUGCUGUGCUAUAACCCCAAUAAUAUGUGAGACAAUCAUCUCUGAGGAAACUGAGCCAGAUCUGAUUAGCAUAUUGACUUGUUACUAAUGAUAGUGACUCCAAAGAAGCAACACCUUUACAUGGAAAAGUAAAUCCUGUAUUUUAUCUGCAGGGUCAACUAAUACCAUAACCCAGUGCCAAGUUCAUUCUAAUAUUAAGUUGCACAUUACAAAAUCUUUGAUCUAAGACUUUAUAUUUACGUGACAGGAAUACCCUUUACAUGACAUAGACCAAGUGGCCUUUUAUAAUAAAUAUGUUUUAUGCAAUCACAAGAAUGCCUUGACCAGCUGAAUGGGCUUUUUGUAGUCUAGAUUUUAGCUUGUAGCAAGUAUUAUGUCUUACUUUGCCAAAUGUGUAAUCACAGUCAGUGUCAAAUAAGGAUGAUUUUGAUGAUUAUUUGAUAAACUAAUGAAAAAUUACUUUAAAUAAUGGAAAUAUUGUGCGGGAAAAUAAACUAUAAUGU